CCCGAGCCUUCUGCGCAAGUUGUCGUUGUUGUCGUUGUCCUGCUGCUGCUGCAGCUUUGGCCUCAGCUCGAUUUUCAGUUCUUCAUCCUCGGAGGGCUGUAUGUCAUUUCUCUAUAGGAGUCUAUUCCUUCAUUUAUUUAUUGCCCUCUACUGAUGUGAUUUGUUUGUGCCCCUUGUGUUGUCGGUUGGUUGUUGCAUUUCGUAUUAUUGCCGCAUUCUGCUUGGGUCGCUGGGCGAUCUUCAGCCAUGUAUCAGUUCGUCGAGGCAGAGCAAAGGGCAUUCGAUGCCGAGGUUAUGGAGGUGAAAGCAUGGUGGGGAAGCGAGAGGUUCCGGCUGACGAAGAGGCCAUACAGCGCGGAGCAGGUCGUUAGACUUCGAGGAACACUUCCGGUGGGCACCUACGCCUCCAACUUCCAAGCCAAGAAACUUUGGGCAAUCCUAAGACGGCACCAGUCAAAUGGAACGGCAUCGAGAACUUUCGGCGCCCUUGACACGGUCCAGGUUACACAGAUGGCCAAGUAUCUGGACACCAUCUACGUGUCUGGCUGGCAGUGCGCGUCCACAGCGUCCUCGUCUAAUGAGCCUGGUCCUGAUCUUGCAGAUUACCCUGCGGAAACGGUUCCGAACAAGGUGGAGCAGCUCUUCUUUGCGCAGAUGCUGCAUGAUCGAAAGCAGAAGGAGGCACGCUUCAGCAUGACAAAGGAGGAGAGGGCACGAACUCCGUAUGUGGACUACCUCGCGCCACUGAUUGCGGACGCGGACACGGGAUUUGGUGGCACAACAGCAACCGUGAAGCUGGUAAAGAUGUUUGUGGAAAGAGGCGCUUCUGGAGUUCACAUAGAGGAUCAAGCAGCUUCAACGAAGAAAUGCGGUCAUAUGGGCGGCAAAGUGCUAGUCCCGAUAUCUGAGCACGUCAACCGAUUGGUUUCUGCCCGUCUUCAGUGCGACAUAAUGGGGGUGGAGACUGUCCUAGUGGCCAGGACUGAUUCGGAUGCUGCCACAUUGCUUCAGAGCAACAUCGACGCAAGGGACCAUCCGUUCAUCCUUGGAGUUACCAAUCCACAGCUGAAGGGGAAGCCUCUUGUACGGGUACUGCAAGAAGCGCAAGAUGCUGGAAAGAUGGGGGCGGAGCUGCAGGCUGUGGAGGAUGCGUGGACGGCAGCAGCCAACCUGAGACUAUACGCGGAUGCGGUGGCCGAUGCCAUCCGGUCGGUCAACGGCAUUUCAGAGAUCGAGCGAACACGGAGGCUCAACGAGUGGUUUGGCUUGGCGGAGAAGAUGCCCCGCGAAGAUGCGCAGGAGUUGGCGCACAAGCUCGGGGCUGGGGGAGUCUUUUUUGACUGGGAUCUUCCCCGAACCCGUGAGGGGUAUUACCGGUUCCAAGGGGGCAUCAAGGCGGCGAUUACUCGAGCUGUCGCUCUUGCCCCCCAUGCUGAUUUGCUGUGGAUGGAGACUGCCAAGCCCAAUCUGCAGCAAGCUCGAGAUUUUGCACAGGGCGUCAGGGCUGUCCACCCAGACGUCAUGCUGGCGUACAAUCUCUCCCCCUCAUUCAACUGGGAUGCAGCGGGAAUGACAGAUCAACAGAUGCGCACAUUCAUAGAUGAUCUGGCGAAGCUGGGAUACUGCUGGCAGUUCAUCACUCUGGCCGGUUUCCAUGCGGACGGACUUGUAGUUGAUAUGUUUGCCAGAGACUUUGCGAACAGAGGAAUGCUGGCAUACGUGGAGGGAAUUCAGAGACAGGAAAGGAUUCAUGGUGUGGAGACUCUUGCGCACCAGAAAUGGUCUGGAGCAAGCUACUACGACCAGCUGCUGAAGACGGUCACCGGCGGGAUUUCCUCAACGGCGGCCAUGCAAAAAGGUGUCACCGAGGACCAAUUCCAGCGUGGACCUGGUGCUUCUUCAAUGGGAAGCAUGGAAGUGGGAGCAUUUGCCAUGUCAAAAAUAUGAAUGUCACCACAAAAUGAUAGUUUGGUUGAGGCGGCGUUCCAUCAUGGGCAAGAGCGAUUUCACUGGUCACCGGCUUCAGACAGCAAGCGGGGGGUCCACCCAGGGUUUUCUAUUCCUUGCGGAAGCUGCAUGCAAAUUUUAACUCCUUUUCAAGUUGAAAGAUGUGAAUCAGCUGGUCUCUGUUUGAAUUGCAGUUUGUUUGUGUCUCAUGUAAUUUCUCAACCACUUUACAAUGCCGUCACGCACUAACUGUACAAAUCUUUACCUGCAGUGCGAGGGAUUUGGUCAGACUUGAGUUUCAGAUUGCAGCCAAGGUUGGCUACGAUAGACCAGCGCAGGGGUUAUGUGGAACCUUCUAUAAGCUUCCUCCUUCGCUGGAGUGAUUGUGAAAUGGUCCAGUGCUAUUCUGGAUCAGGUUUUAUCUAUUCCCGACACUGGCCUACUCACUGCGAGGGAUGCCUUCAUGCGUUCAUGCCACUGCCACUCGGUGUCAGCGUGUAGAUGUCACACUGCCAACCGAGGUUUCAACUAUCCCCUUUGUGUGCAUUUGUGCAGGCCACGAGGUAUGAAAGAAAGCCUUCCUUGUAUGCUAGGACAUAAGGCAUGUAUUUUUAUUUCUGCUGGCUUGAUUGUGAAUGGUCUAGUGCUGUUCUCGAUCGAGUUGCGACGUGCUUGGUUUCGCGCUCCAAGUCCUACCCAUUCUUACCGUGAGAUACCAGAGCCUUCCUUGUGCGCUAGGAGAUAAGGGAUGCAUUUCUGUUUUUGCUGGACUGAUUGUGAAUUGUGAAUGGUCCAUUACUGUUUCUGGAAUUACGGUCUAACUAUUUCCAGCACUGGCCUGUUUACUGCGAGGAAUGCCUUGUACAUUCAUCUCCCUUAGUGUCAGCGCCUCGCUACCAAGCCUUCGAUCAUUCCCCUUUGUGUGCGUUGUGCAUGCGACUACCGGUAGGCACCAGAACCUUCCUUGUGUACUGGGAUAUAGAUAUGAUAUCAUGGUUCUAGUGGAUGCAUUUUGUUGUUUUUAUGCAUGUCAUAGUUUGCCAGGACCUUGGUAAGCUCUUUGGUGUCUGAAAGCUGUUAUGUCUGCGUGAUCUUGACCGUUGGUGAUGGCCAUGCUCGAGGAGUGGGCAUUUGUCGUUGUGCCAGUUUAUAGUGCCUAUUCGAUAGCACGGUCCGCAUUCUGCCAUUUUCUAUGUCAAUAUCCGUAGUGUCAAAUCUUGAGAAGGUAGCAUUGUGCCAUUCAAUAGCACAUUCAGUAACACGUUCUGUAUUCUGCCAUAUUUUAUGUCAAUAUUCAUACAGUGAAGCUUAAGGGGGUAGCAUUGUGCCAUUCAAUAGCACAUUCGGUAGCUAUUCAUGGUCAAGCUGGAAGGCGAGGUAGUCUUUAAGGUUUUGUGUACAAUGAUGGUCCGCCAACAUUCACAGGCAAGCUCGAGAUGGCUUUCUGAUGUUCCAUGGACUGGACUUUCCCAGCACCUUUUGGUAAAUUAAGGAAGAGGGAAGGGUGCUUCGGUUGACGUGUGCGUAUGAUUUAAAUACGUUUUACGUGUA